AUGCAGUAUAGCGAAAUUUUAGACGCUAUAAAUGAUAAUAACUCGUUUUUAACAUUCCUGGAGUCAAUUGGCGCCAUCAAACCCAUAGUCGAAAGACAGUGUGGAUUUUGCGGUAGCCAAAGACUCUCCUUAAGAAUUAGAAAGAGAGUUGAUACUCACUUCUUUCUCUGGUGCAAGUCGUGUCGUAAAGAGAAGAGUCUCUUUGCCAAUACCUUCUUUUGUUAUGAAGAAGGAAUACACGACUUGUGA